CUUUACUUUUAUAAUGAACUUGUGUGUAACAACAGUGCUGGACAAACUUCAGAUCAUAAUCGUGCGGCAGAGACACGACGCCGUGCUAAGGUUGUCAGUCACUGAUGCAUAAAUUCUUUCGAACAAGCCGUUGUAGACAAAAAAGCUCUUCGUAUUGUUUAAUUGAAUUAGAGUAUUUGAUUUACUUUCGGAUUUUGUAUUGCUGUUAUUUUAGCCUAUUUAGGAGCGUGUUGUGCACGCAAAUCUAGGCCUGGACUCGACCGUGUAUCGUGAUUUGCUAGGCGCCUCUGCGACCAAAUUACAGGCUGGAUAAACUGUGCGGUUUUGGUGGCAGUGUUAAUUUUGACAGAUAGUCAACACAGAGAUUUGAUAAUAACGGUAACAAUUAUCAACAAAUGAGUUUGCUUGCUAACAAUUGAUUCUUUCGGUCAGUCAUCAUGGGACAUCUCAGUGCAAUAUUUAGGACUAUUUAUAUUUGUACAAGUUUUUGCUUUUGUACGUGGGCAGACGGUCCAUCAGCGAAUCGAUUAGAACUUUUGGAGGUUCGAUUACCUAUGGUGAAGGUUGGUCCUGCUGAUAGUUUUUUUGGUUUUUCAGUAGCAGAACAUCGUGUUAUAUUUAAUGAAGGCGAUCAACCCGUAGGCGCUACUGAAAAUGUGCUUCUUGUUGGUGCACCUAUAUAUGACAGUAUGAAAGCUAGCGAUGUCCAGCGGCCUGGCGAAGUGUUUCGUUGUCCAAUCUCGACCAACUACAGCGACUGUGAACCGAUGGAGAUUGAUAUUACAGGUAAUAGUCCCAUGGAGAAUAAAACCGACCAGUGGCUAGGGGUGACAGUUCGAAGCCAGGGCCCCGGAGGAUACGUUGUGACCUGUGCUCAUCGGUAUCGUAUUCUACAACCAGACAAUAAAAUGUGGGGCUUAGGCAAGUGUUACCUCAUACGCCAGAAUGUGUAUGACCUGAGCAUUGUCAGGAAGGGUAGACAAGAUGCCUGGGUGUUCUGUGACACGCUUUCUAUGACCCAGGAUAACUAUGGAUAUUGCCAAGCAGGGACUGGUCUGGCUCUAACCAAAAUAAAAGAAAGCUCAGAUUUGUUAAACCAGUAUAAAUACCUGGCAGCUGGAUUGCCGGGUGUUGAUCAGUUUCGAGGAGGUGUGGUAGUGGUAGAUAUCAGUGAAAGUAUCUUCGCAUAUAACAGUUUAACUUUCAACCCACAAACACAAGCUGGUGUAUUUCAACAAAGCUAUGCAGGUUUAUCUAUGUCAAUAGGUAAAUUUAGGAAAACUCCACCAGGUAAAGAUCCUAAUUUUUUUGUCGCUGGCGCACCUAGAAAUGGAACAAAAGGUGCGGUGACGAUAUUUCACUUAGUUGACACAGUGUUAGCUGUCUACCAGGUGCUUAGUGGGGAAACUUUAACAGAAUCAUUUGGUUAUGAAACCUGUCCUGUCGACCUGAAUGGAGAUGGACUUGAUGAUCUAGUCGUUGGUGCACCACUGUAUUACAACCGCAAGGAACGGAUCGGUGGAAGAAUCUAUGUUUACCUAAACGUUGAAGGUUAUUUAGGAGGCACAAGCCGCCAGUACAGUGAGGCAAUUAAUGGACCAUUAGAUUCCAUGUAUGGGAUCUCCAUGGCAAACCUUGGUGAUCUCAACUAUGAUACAUUCCAAGACAUUGCUGUCGGUGCACCAUAUGAAAACGGUGAGGGUGCUGUUUACAUCUACAUGGGAAACGCGGAUGGUAUCCUUGGUAGUCCAGUACAGAAGAUCACACCCCACAGUUUGAACCCUGACCUGAAAGGAGCGCCAUUUCCAAACAACACAUUUGGCUAUUCUCUGUCCGGAGGAAUAGACAUGGACAAUAAUUCAUUCCCAGAUUUAUUGAUAGGUGCUUUUGAAUCAAGUGAAGUAGUCUUGUUAAGAACCAGGCCUGUGAUUUUGAUUAAGCAUGAGCUAAAUCUUGUGCCAGAUAUUCUGGUAAGAGAGGAUAACACAUGUCCUUCCCUCGGCUUAGACAGAUUGUGUUUUACAGUGGAAGUGAGGAUCUGGUACGAAUGUGGCGGUGUUUAUGAUGAGCCUGUCGAUGUAAGAUUCAGUUUACAGGCGGAGAAAACCAGACUUGAUCUUGGUCUUAGCUCAAGAGUGUCGUUCUACAAAAAGAACGGCGAGGAGAACGGCAGUUCGUUAACAAAAUCCGUCCGUCUUCAGCGGCAAAACGCCACCGUCAAUAGGUCAUUUAUACUUGUGUUCAAGGAUAAUUUAAUUGAUAUUCUGAGACCAGUGCCAGUUGAAAUUAAUAUCUGGCUACCAGAAUCAGAACCGGUUAUGCCAGAAGUUGGUCAGCCUGUUCCGUCGCUUGCAGCUUUUCCCAUUAUGGAUCUAAAUACAGUCACUUACACUAUGAAGAAGGCUGAUUUCAAGAAAGAUUGUACCAAGGAUGAUGGGAUAUGUACAGCAAACCUACAAGUGAAUGCAACAUUGGAUCUACCAAGGGGGUAUGAUGGUGUUACUGUGUUUAGAGUUGGUGAGAAUUUCAAGAUAAAUCUAAACCUACAGAUUAAGAACACCCUGGAAGAUGCCUAUGAAGCGAUGGUGAAGAUUGAUUUCACGCCUGUUUUGGAAUUUGAUGGUGAUUCACAAGGUAUAUGUAUAUCAACAGGCACGGAGAAAGGUUCAAUAACCUGUGACCUUGGUAACCCCUUUGGUUAUGGUGAGAUAUCGAGGAAGAUUGGUUUCCUUGGCAACCAAGUUGUACCAGACCAAGGUUACUUGGUAUUUAAUGUGUCUGCUGUAACUACAAGCAACGAGACAAUGCCAGCAGAUAACUUCCAGUCACUAGUUGCACGAGUUGAAAGUUUAACAAAUCUAGUCAUCUCAGCAAAUACCAACCUGCCACAGUACCAAGUUGGUGGCCAAGUCAUUGGAGAAAGUGCAAUUAAAGAUGUGUCGAUGAUAGGAACAUUUGUACAACACAACUGGACCAUUUUCAAUGAAGGUCCAGGAGUAGUUCAACAAGUUCAGGUUAACAUUAGCUUUCCGUACGAAGCCAGGAAUGGCAAAUGGCUCCUGUAUCUAACCAACCAGCCAAUAAUUACUGGGAUGGCAAAUGGAACAUGUCUGCUGCCCCUACACAGUGUAGAUGAACUUAAUCUGACAAGGAAAGCACUUCCAGAUACAUCACUAGAAGAUCAAACUGUGGAUGAUUUUCAGCCUUUAGUUGAAAGACGAAGAAAGCGAGAUGUGGUCCAGGAAGGUCCAGUCAGCUUACAGCAAUCAUCUACUAAAAAAGUAACCUUGGAAUGUGGGUCAGCGGAUGCAACUGCAAAGUGUUUCACUAUAACUUGCUACAUAGGACCUCUCAAGGGAGAUAGCGAAACUAAGAUUAUUCUGAACUCAAGAUUAUGGAAUAGUACAUUUAUAGAGGAUUACAAAAACGUUGAGACUGUCUUUAUACAAUACAGCGGGGGUGUUUCCAUUAGCAAUGGAACAUACAUUACACAGCGCAGUGAAACCGACGAUGGAUACACAUUAAAAAUGGAGGUUAAGCGAGACUUUGAUGAAGUGAUACGCAGCAAAUCUAUAGCAUGGUGGAUAAUUCUUUGUGCUGUACUAGGGGGUGUACUGCUCCUUAUUAUAAUUAUAUUACUACUAUGGAAGUGUGGUUUCUUCGAACGCAAAACUAUGAAUUACAAGUAUGCAUCAGUAGAACAGAAACCGUCCGGUAAAAAUGGAAAAACUGAAAAAACUUACUUGCAAAACAAUGAAUUCUACGCACCGUCAUGAACCAGCAUAAGAUCAUUAAUUCACAGGGACAGUUUGUACCAAAUUAUGAAAUGCAGUGAAAUGAUAAUUUAGCUUUACAAAAGAACUUUGACGACAAAAAGGCAGAUGAUUUUACAUCAUGUUUGGUGGUAUGACGUGUAAAAUUGUUGCGAGCUACCGCAAAGAUAGUUGUAUGUGUUGUAUACUUGUGUGAAGAAAAGUUAUGUGUCCUGCAAAUGAAUUGUUACUGGUGUCGCAUACUUUCAUGAUGCAAUAUGUUACGUGUAACUCGUAGAGAUGAUGCAAAAUGUAAAUUAUAACACAUCCAGUUGAUGUUGUCACAUAAUUUGAUGACGUUGCUUGUCAUCCAAGGAAACUGUACUGUCAUUCAUAAGACAUAAUACCUUGGUGAUGCAACAUGUUACGUGUCACACACCGGGAAGAUGCAACAAAAGCAUCUCAGGUUUAGUUGUAGAUAUGUGUAUGUUAACAUACUUUGAUGUGCAACAAGAAAGGUGUUACAGACUGAGAUGAUCUGUGGAGCUAUCGUGCUGAUCUACUUCCAAUGCGUGAUGUAAUGUUGCAGCAACACGCAUAUCUAUUGCACUUUGACGUAAAAUCAAAGUUUCGUUCCAAAGAUAAUCAGAAAGCUGCAAACAAACUCAUUUUCAUUGAGAAUUUGUAAUCAAAGGUGUUUUAAUGCUUCUGAGGUCUAUAUAUUUCUAUAUAAAGCUGAGAGUUUGUCGGAUAGGACUGAUAGUUAUCUAACAAAAUUUUGAUUUCCAUAUUGGAUUUUGUACAGCAGCGUAGAACCAAAUAUCGGUUAGAAUGAGUAUAGAUGUCCAAAUGCUGUUUUAUAUGUAUAGUAUUUAAAUCAUAGAUUGCCAAUUAUGAAGACAAAUGCCAAAAAUCUCUUAUAUUUCUCUGCUUCAUUGAUUAGAUUAUAGCAGGAAAAGUAUUGUACAUUUAUUGGUAUGUUUUAAAAAAACUAUUAAUUUUAUUCAUUACUGUAAAAUAUAAUUCAGAUCAUUUUUUUUAAAGAUCCUAAAUUGUAUACAAAUUUAAUUGCUCAUAUAUUUAUUAUAUUGAUAGGAAUAUUUCUAUCCCUCGUUAAACUUGUCGGAAAUAAAAUGAUUCAAAUAUGUACAUCAUGUACACACCUGUAUCCAAAAUCCAUCCAAUCAGCCUAUUUGGCUCAACUGCAAUGCAUUAUGGGAAGCAUGUGUUCUUGCAUACAUUCACAUUUUACUACACCUGGUCCUAAUAAUGCAGCCAAUCAAUUAUGCAUUAUGUGUGUGCAAUAGCUACCAACUUGGAACCAUUGGAUGGAUUCUUGUAUCAACUGGUGUUCAUUGUUGAUGUGUGCAUGGAUGUGUGCGUUAAUGUUUAUUAUAUAUUUGGCUGAGUUUGUAUUUCAAAUUAUGUUCAUUAUGCAAAUAGGCAAAUUUGUGUAGUUUCCUUAUUUGCUAAAGAAUAUUUGUAAAGUAGAGCUCCCACCUUGAUAUAUUUAUAUAUAUUGUCAUUUUUUAAUAUUUGUAGAUUUUUAUUCAAUUUUAUAUUUUAAUUUAUUUGAUCGUUUUAUAUUUAUGAACUAGGGUAUUGUUAUCAUCAAUAUUAUUAUUGAUAUUAUCAUCAUCAUUGUUAUUAACAGCAUGAAUGUUAAAAUUCAAUUCUUAAAAGGGUACAUAUUAUUGUAGUUGUGAUUGUUAUUGUUAUUAUUAUUUUUAUUAUUAUUAUUAUUAUUAUUAUUAUUAUUAUUAUUAUUAUUUUAUUAUUAUUUUUACUACUAUUAUAUUAAUAAUUGAACACAGCUAAUCUGUUAACAUAUAAGUUGUGUAUAUUUCUAUUUGUGGACCAUUAUUUUAUAUAUAUUGCCUUUCAAAACACUGAAAUUCAUUCCUUGAUUUUGUUAUUAAUAUAGAUGCUUAAUUUGAAUUAUUUAACUUCUAUGUUUGAAUAUUUAAAAUAAGUAUUCACAAAUUGGGAAGUGUAUUGUCUAUGUUCACAGUCUAAAAUUAGUAUACUUAUUAACAUCAAGUAAUUCAUGUUUUAUUUCAUUGCAUUUAUCAACAAAAUAUAUAUGGACAUACAUUCCAAAGAAGUUAACAUCAACAUUAACUUUUUAUCAAUUGUUUAUUGUCUUUAGGUUUACAAACAGACAACACUAAAUCCCUGUACUUGCAUCCCACAUACAGACUCAAACACUUAAACCUUAACUUCAAACACAACCUACAUAAGGUGCUAUAGACAUCAACCAUAACUGCAAAAUACACUACACUAUCAUUAACAUUGUUUGAGUGCUCUUAUUUUCAGAUAAUUAGCUUCCUUCUGAGCUGGAAGAAUCGCUACGUCUUUCUUCAAGUUCUAUAUUUCGCCAUAAAUGUCAGGCCCCCUCCCACCCUGAAUGCGCCACUUGGCAUAUUACCUAUGUAAUUGACAAAGGAAACAGGUUUUUAUAUAGAACAAAACAAAUUUUCUAAAAGUAUAAUAAAACAAGAAAAUAA